CCUUGAUAUCAUAUAGCCAGCAACACAAGUUCCGGCCUCCUGUUGCAGUAGGCGGCCGAAGCUCCAACGGCACCAUGAACCGCCUAGGCUUACGUCGAAAAGUGAAGUGACGGGUAUUAAUUUAACACGGCAAAUUCCUGAGAACGACUUAUCUCAAACUCCACACUCGCGUCUGUGCACCCGCUUUCAACAUGCCUCUACGGAAACGGAGACGACCAGACCUAGUCGAGCAGACAAGGGUAGAAUCAAUUGAGGAAGUACAGAGUGCUCAUCCUAACACGAGCCAUUCAGCGGGCGAAAGGGCGUUUUGCUGCCAUUUCUGUACCAAGGCUUUUCAUCGAAAGGAGCAUUUACAGCGGCAUGAAAGACUUCGAGAGGCCUUUCCGGUGCAUAGUUUGCCCCGUCACUUUUGCUCGAAGAGACCUUCUGGCUCGCCAUAUUCGCCUGACUCAUGAACAUGAUGUGGUGCCUCACUGCGAUGGCGAGGCAGACUACGCUGGUCGUGACAGGAGCUCAUCCAUAUCCAGGACCAUUCCUGAGCGUCGAGACAUAUCAAGAACACCAAAUCAAGGAGCUUUACAUGAUGUGACAACUGGCCUUUCCCCGGACCCGGCAUCAUCUUGCCAUGAGGUCUUGCCAUUUUCAGUGCCCUCUGUUUCACUCGAUUUUGGAGCAUCCCAGCCUGCCAUGCUCUCACCUAUACCACCAGUUACACCGGACAUGGUAUCGGCUCAACAGACCCACAGUAUUGGUGACUUCGAUUUAUUCAUAGAAGGUAUAACCCCAACAUACAGUGGUCUAUCGUCCUUGAUUAAUGAUCAACAUCUUUUGCCGCUGCCUCCAUCUCCGCUCUUCCCUACUCUCGGAUUACAGCCACGAUUGCAGAACUCGAAUAGUAGCUCCUCUGUAUCAAAUCGGCUAUAUGCUCUAGAGCCUCAAUUAGUCGAUAGCUUCGCAUCUACAUUGCCCUUAUCGGAGCCUUUUCAUAUCACGAAAGAUAGUACAGAGCCGCAGAAGAUUUCGCAACGAGACUGGGACCACCUCUUGAUUGAGGUUCAAAACCUUGCGCCGACCACCCCCAAAGGGUUGUUUCUUCUUUCGCGCCAUACCAUGACCCGGUACAUUGCGACCUACUUUGCAGGAUUUCAUCGCCAUCUGCCAUUUAUACACCUCCCUACAUUUUCGAGUGCGAAGUGCCCAGUCGAGUUGAUUUUAUCGAUGGCCACCAUUGGUGCCGUGUCGGCAUUUGAUAACAACAACGCUACUAUGCUGUUUCGAACAGCCUUUGCAAUUUGCCAAGAGCGACUUCGUCAACGCAAGGAGCAGCGGCACAAUAUGAUCUUCCGCGCCAAAACAGCACGGCCAAGGCCUCUGCGACCGACGGGGAUUGUGGGGAAUGUGCUCCCUUCUAGCGAAACAUUUCAAUCAGAGCCAGAUCUAGAAGGAGAACAGAUGUAUCCGUUUGACCCUCUUCCGCUUGCACAGGCAUUGCUUCUUCUUAUGGCGGUGGCAACCUGGGGGAAUUCAGAAGCUAUAUUUAACGAAGCAGUGGGGAUACAGAACGUUUUGGUCAUCUACCUGAGAGCCGAGAAACUUUUGGAGGCACAAGCAUCUACAAUCCCAAAAUGGGACAUCUGGAUACAAGAGGAAGGCUUUAAACGGACCGUGGCUAUCAUCUUUUGUUUCCUCAAUUUCCAUACAAUCGUUUACGACAUCCCGCCUCCGAUUCUCAACUCAGAGAUCAAAAUUCAUCUACCUUCAUGCGAAAAGGAUUGGGAAGCAGCAACCGAUGAAGAAUGGCAACAAGCUCGAAGCAAACAUGAGGCCGAGCCUCACUUCCAGUCAAUCUUCGCCUCGCUAUUCUCAGCACAAAGAGCAGAGUCUCAACAGCACUGUUCUUCGUUGGGCAGUUAUACGCUGAUUCUUGCUCUGAUUCAGCACAUCUACUUUUUGAGAACCGUAGCAAAGGGCAAACUGCAAGAAGAUCAGACGCUAUCCCCUACAGACAUGACUGAAGUUGAACGAGCAUUAAGGAAUUGGCAGCUUGGUUGGACUCAUGAUCCCGAAGCUUUCCUAGGCCCAGGCAGUCCACUCGGUCCCAUAUCCUUCAACUCAACCGCCCUACUGCGAAUGGCCUACAUCCGACUCAACGUGGACCUCGGUCCGUGCCGCGCUCUGACCACCCACGAUCCUCAAGACAUUGCGAUGUCAAUGUAUCAUAGCCCACCUCUAGCGAGGAACCGCAGACUCACCCGCGCAGUGCUCUACUCCGCUCAUGCACUAAGUAUCCCAGUCAAGAUUGGAGUCAAUAUCGUCGCACAUAAUCAGGCAUUCUCCUGGUCGCUUCAGCAUUCGCUAUGUGCUCUGGAGUGUGCCUUUGUCAUCAGCAAGUGGUUGAUGGCCAUACAACCCCACGUCUCCGACGGGACUGUUGAUGACGAGGAAGAGGCGAGAUUAUACACCUAUAUUGUCGACAUGGCGACGGAGGCAGAAGCCGGGGGUGAAAUGGACUCAUCUUCCAAUGCCUUGUGCAGUCGAGUCGUCAGGAUUUGGGCGACGAUAUUGAGUGGAAAGGCUCAUUGGAAUGUCGUGCGAAUGAUCGGCAAAAUCUUGGGAGCCUACGCUCGGAUCCUGGAGGUGCAGUGUGUGUAGAGGUAGAACUCAGCGAUCAUCUUAUCUGAGAUUCAUGCUAGACAUUCGCGGUUCAGAAUGCUCGGACAUACCAAAAUCGCUCGUAAUAGGAAGACAACCUUGGCCUUUGCUUCCUCGUUCAGCUGUUGACUACAGCCAGGGUGCAAGCUAGUAAGUUGGGCUUAGCAUCCACGGUUGGUUGCAAGGCCUCAUAAUGUGAAGUCCUCAGAUGCGGUCAUGGUUAGCGGCAAUAGGCUGGCUGGAUAUUACCGUAAAUUGCUUCUUCAAUUCUACAUACGACCAAAGGUGUGUAGACUGGCAUGAUAUCAUCGGUUGGGCGGGGUGUUUUGCCGUACUCGUCCAAGUUGAUGUCUGGAAGACCAGGCUGCCCGGGAAGUGAACUCAAUCCAAUGCCGACUCUAGCUCCAGUCUUCGCCUAGGAUCUCGCUAUAUCAAGCCCCGAACAUCCAGCUUAUAUCGCAUUCGUAUCGAAUUUCGAUUCUGGUCCUUUGCUUGGGCCGUAUCCGCUCAUCGACCACUCCCCAAUAUCCACAUAUUUAAUCCAUCGAUGAUUAGGGUAGGCUAAUUUUGGCACCAUCCCACUCAUCCCCACUGUUUGCUAGAGCAGCAAGCCGUUGAGAGGCUUAUUGCACAACGGGCACAGUUUCAGCUGUCGGAUAUACGUGACGUGUGCCAUGCCUAAAUCAGGAUCGACCCGGCAUUCCAGUCCGGAAUACAGCACCUCAUAUUGGCAGGAUAGCCCAGUUGUCUACCUGCUGUUCAUAUUCCUUGAACUCUUGAGCGAUUCUUUCGAGGUCAUUGAAAAAAAACUGACGGGAAGUCCUGUUCUCCACACCCUGUGGUCGUAUGUAAUGACUGCUAUUUAGAAGAACACCGGAUUCUACAGGGUAGGACGUGCCCGAAUUAUUCUAGAGCAAUAUCAUAUCUACUCUAGCACAGAGGAACCUCGCUGAAUCCCCCCACGGGGUUUUCAACGCUCUCGAUUCGUAUGCCAUUUCUUCACUGCUUCUCCUGCUCCUGCGCCGGAGCCGGCGCCCCACGCACAAGACCCUCCUGGGACGGCGAGGGCCCAACCCCAUACACAUCAACAGGCGUAGAAGCAAAUUUCCGCGCGGGGACACCAGUCGCAAACAGGAUAUCCAGUUCAGCAUACGUGCGGCCCUUGGGCUCCGGCAAACGGAAGUACGCCCAGACAAACACAAUCAGCGCAGUACCACCCCAGAAGAAGCCUGUCUUCCCCGAGGCGUUCCACGCGGUCGGGUUCAUAAAGUACGGCUCGAGGACCUGCGAGACGACGUUGACGACCUGGUACGCUGUGCGCGCGAGGCAGACGGUGAGCGGGCGGAGACGAACCGAGGAGAUCUCCGAGACGAGCGAGUAGGUUACUGGGCCGACGGUCAUGGAGUAAACGAAGAGCCAGAGAAAGCAGAAUGAGGCCUGGGCCCACAUGCCGCUUGUUGUGUUUGUCGAUGCGUUGAUGAUGCCGAUGAGCAUGAGGAAUGUGCAUAGCAUGGCCAACCCCCCGACGUAUAGUGUCCGGCGGCCGAAGUAUGUGAUGAGCCACCAGGAUAGGAUGACGCCGACGAGGGCAACGCCCGUGCACCCGACGCCGAGCUGGAAAGCCUUGCCCGGGUCCAUGCCGGCCUGUUCGAAGAAGUAGGUUGGUGAAUAGGCGAAGCUGCUGCCGGAGAGGAUCUGGCCGAAGAAGGCGACGCAGCAAAUUUCCGUGCGGCGGAGGUCAACGCCCUUGAAGCAGUCAAGGUAGGUCGUCCCUGCUUCGAUCUCCGCUUCGAGCUUGAUGGUGUGCACCAUCAUCGCCAGCUGGCCGUUGACCUGCUCUUCCGUCUUGUUUCCGCCUAGUCGGCGGAUGCUGCGCUUGGCAUCCUCCAAGCGAUCUUUCCGGACCAGGUACCAAGGGCUCUCGGGCGCCAGCCAGCACACCACCAUCAGUGGCAGGGGCCAUAUCCACUGGAGACCAAAGGGGAUGCGGUAGCCCCAAUCGUCGGGUCGGUCCUGUAGCCCAUACAGCACGCCCAUGGCGAUAAGCUGGCCGAUCGCCCAGCACAUGUUCACGUAAGUUGUAAGGUAUCCGCGCAGAUUGGUCGGGCAUACCUCGGAAGCAUACGCGGGACCGAUUGUUGCAAAGACUCCCCAUGACAGACCGCAGAGGAUCUCACCCACGAGCAGCACAGCAGCCGAAGGUGCGAAGAAGACAAUGAAGAUAAAUGCCGUCAAGAAACACAAGGCCACGAACAUGACCUUUCG